AUGCUUCGACAACGCGAGAAAAUCAGUGUUGCCAAGGAGAAACGAGCGGCGAAGACGAUCGCUGUGAUCAUCUUUGUGUUCACUUUCUGUUGGCUGCCCUUCUUCUGCGCCUACGUUGUCCUGCCAUUCUGCGAUUCCUGUACGCUUCAUCCGAAGGUCAAUCAGGCAUUCACAUGGUUGGGCUACAUAAAUUCGUCGCUGAAUCCGUUCUUGUAUGGCAUUUUGAACUUGGAGUUUCGACGAGCCUUCAAGAAGAUCCUCUGUCCAAAAGCUGUACUCGAACAGCGCCGCAGGCGAUUGAGCGCUCAGCCAUAA